AUGGUUUCGUUCCACAAGUUCAAAUCGGACAAAAAGCCGGACGUAGAUAAGCAAAGAAAAAUCUUUUCUUUAUUUUCGAUCUUGAAAAAAAAAAAAUUGUUAAACGCUUUUUCGUGGCAGCAACCAAUAUCAUCGCAUCGUGACCAUCUUCCAACUCCACCACCAAUACCGGAAGCUAUUCAAAGGGCAUUAGAAUUUCUUAGAAGUCAACCUGAAUCAGGGGAUUCUGCAGGACAAGGAUCAGCAUUUAAUCCAACUUUUAGAAGACCUCAAAACUAUUAA